UCACUCCUGCGUGAAGUGGGACUGGCUUUCAGUGCGACAUUUCACCGAAACCCAAACUCAGAUCCCUGCUUGUGGAGUUUGAAAUGCUGCCUCAAAUUACGAGCAGCUGAGAGGUUUCUUCUGCUGGGGACAGGCUGGGAACAUGUUUAAGGAGACUCUCCAAGAAGGAUCUGGAUCUCAAAUGUGUCCCUCUGAGAUGACUACAGAGCCCGCUUGUCUGAUGCCGCAUUGGAGGAGGAAGGUACCAUUAUGGAGUGCUGCCAUGGAGGCCACACUAUGUAUCCACACGUGCCUUUGGCUGAUUCCAGCCUGGAUUCCCUUGCUAAUGCCAAAUGGAUUUGCACAUGGUUCAGAACUCGAGCCUGGGGCUAAAACCCAGGAGAUGGCUCAAGGCUCUGGAAAGUUAACCUGGGCCGUGCACUUAAAUGUGCCGGAGGGGUUGUCUUCCCGUGAGGAGGAGCUGGAGCGACAGGCAGAAGAACUGGCCAGGGCGGGAGGACUGGUGAACCUGGGCCGGAUCGGGGAGUUAAAGGACCGUUACCUCUUCGCCCACCAACCAAAUGGCCACACAGAACGAGGACCUGAAGCAAUAAGGAGAUCGGUAGAGGCUUUAUUUGCACAGCAUGACAGCGUGCGGUGGCACUCUGAGCAGAAGCUUCUGAAGCGCUCCAAACGCAGCCUGCACUUUAACGACCCCGAAUACCCCAACCAGUGGCAUCUGAACAAUCGGAGGACUCCGGGAAAGGAUAUCAAUGUGACGGGCGUGUGGGAGCAGAACGUGACAGGCCGUGGUGUGACCGUCGUGGUCGUGGAUGAUGGCGUGGAGCACACCAGCCAAGAUAUACAGCCAAAUUACAGCCCUGAAGGCAGCUAUGACUUGAACUCCAAUGACCCUGACCCUAUGCCCCGCCCUGAUGCAGAAAAUGGGAACCACCACGGGACCCGAUGUGCUGGUGAAAUCGCAGCUGUCCCAAACAACGGCAUCUGUGCAGUGGGAGUUGCCUAUGGCAGCCGCAUUGCAGGCAUCCGAGUCCUGGAUGGGCCCCUCACAGAUAGCAUGGAGGCUGUCGCUUUCAACAAGCACUAUCAGAUCAAUGACAUCUACAGCUGCAGCUGGGGUCCAGACGAUGAUGGCAAAACUGUGGAUGGUCCUCAUCAGCUAGGAAAGGCUGCCUUGCAACAUGGGGUGAUUGCUGGUCGCAGGGGCUUUGGAAGCAUUUUCGUCGUGGCCAGUGGCAAUGGAGGGCAGCACAAUGACAAUUGCAACUACGAUGGUUACGCCAACUCCAUCUACACCGUCACUAUAGGUGCGGUGGAUGACGAGGGGAACAGGCCGUUCUACGCCGAGGAGUGUGCCUCCAUGCUGGCAGUGACCUUCAGCGGUGGGGAUAAGACAAGGAGGAGCAUUGUGACGACAGACUGGAAUUUGGAGAAAGGCACAGGAUGCACCGAGGGCCACACGGGGACUUCAGCUGCUGCCCCCCUCGCAGCUGGCAUGAUUGCCUUGAUGCUCCAAGUGAGACCAUGUCUCACCUGGCGAGAUGUCCAGCACAUCAUUGUCUUCACAGCCACCAAGUAUGAAGAUCAUCGCACCAACUGGGACACUAACCAGGCAGGCUUCAGCCACAGCCAUGAGCAUGGCUUCGGCUUGCUAAACGCUUGGAGGCUUGUCAAUGCUGCCAAGAUCUGGGAAUCUGUCCCAUACCUAGCGUCGUAUAUCAGCCCUGUUCUAAAGGAGGGCAGGACCAUCCCGCAGGUGCCUCAGGCAUUGGAAGUCACCUGGAAUGUCACAGCGGCCGACCUCGCCUUGUCUGGCAUGAGGACCUUGGAGCACGUGGCAGUGACCAUCACCAUAAUCCACCCUCGCCGUGGCAACCUGGAAAUCAAACUCCUCUGCCCCAGUGGCAUGGUGUCCAGGAUUGGGACAACCAGGAGCCUGGACUCAGAUCCCAACGGCUUUGCUGACUGGACCUUCUCCACAGUGAGGUGCUGGGGGGAGGAAGCCCAGGGCAUGUACAGACUCAUUAUCAGGGAUGUUGGGGAUGAGACGCUGAAGACAGGGACAUUGAAGCAGUGGCAGCUGACGCUUUACGGCUCUUCAUGGACUCCGGCAGAGAUGGGGGAACGGCAAAGGCUGCUGGAGAACGCCAUGAGUGGCCAGUACUUGAGCAGUGGUGAAUCCCUGCCAUGCCCUCCAGGGCUGGAGAUCUCCGAGGAGGAGCCGUACACCAUCACAGCCAACACCCUCAAGAUGCUCAUGUUGCUGGGAUGCUUUGCUGUCUUCUGGACUAUCUACUACAUGCUGGAGGUUUACCUGUCCAGAAAGAAUGUGGUCUUCAAUCUGACGUGCAACAGCUUCCCCACCUGCAGGUGGUACCCCAGGGCUGGGCGGCAGAAGAACAUGGAGAAUGGGAUGGAUAUGGAGUCCAUCCCACUCAAUGCGGGGAAGGACAUGGAAGACGUGGAGAUGGAGUCGGAGCAUCCACUGCCCAGCCCGGAAGCCCCAGAGAACUUAGGGGAAGAGGGAAUCUGGAGUCCCCAGGAUCCCAAACCUCACAGCAAUGGCCGAACUGCAGGCUUACACGAAGCGAUCCAUUCAGGCUCAGGGUAUCUUGGCCGGGACCUAGCCUCCGAACUCCUCUCUGCAGACAGGGAGCAGCAGACAUGCUAGCGGGAGCUGGGGCUGCUGGCUGAUAUUGGGUACUGUCCUUCCCUGGGUGCGGCGGGGGGAGACGUUACAACCCCCUACAGAGCCACCGCUGACUUGGGGGGCGCUGGCGGUGGAUGUAGCUCGGGUGAUACAGGCCCAUGGCUGAGAGGAGGGACCAGAGUCUUGCUCUCAACAUUCCCCAUUGCAAAGGCGCCUGUCCCUGCCAUUUAUAAACAAAACAAGCCUUAACUCAUUUCAUAACCGAGUCUGUCCAGGGGCGAAACUCACGGCUUCCCUCCUUCCUCAGCCGUAGGCCCUGCGCUCCUGCUCCCUGCUCGUGAGCACCCGGCAUCUGCUGAACUGAGCUUCCCUUUGUCUCCCAGGGUGCCCGCCCGGGGCCAGCCUGGCUGCUGGUGGAGGAACCUGGGCUCUCCUGCCGGGGCAGCAUGGUGGCACUCAGCGAGUCCAAGUGCUGUCUUGGGGCUGGCUUUGCAGUGAUGCUCUCAGGUGUUGGAGAGGGAAGCUGGAAGGUUUCCAUGCGGGCAGCCCCCAGGCCCUCUGGCUGGUGCCCUCCCUGUCAUGCAUUCUGCAGGCAGGGCGCAGCCCUGGGGGAAAGGCGGAGAUGGUGGAAGGCCCCUCAGGAAUUCUCUCAGAGGGGGGGAGUAGCCUAGGGAGAGCCCCAGCCUGACUCCUCCCUGCGCUUUGACCCCAGUGCCUCUCCAUUGCCUUCAGUGACAGCCCUAGGAGAGUGGACAGCUCUUACUGUUGGAUUAGCUGCAGCCAAACCCCGCGGCUGCGGUACUCGGAUGCUGGAAUGGCUCAUGCAGGGUGAUUCUGCAGCGGAGAGAGCCUGGGUUCUGGACCUGGUGAUUCUGGCUCACGUUCUGGGGUUACGCCCAGGAGUGGUUGCAUGCCCCAGAGUUUGCCCAGGUCCCUUGCCAGGAGCUCUGGGGCUGCCCCAACCUGCAUUAGUGGAGGAGACUGUCACUCCCUUUGUUACAGACCUGCAGGGACGAAGGGCCCAGCCCUUCAGCCAGCUUGAUCACGGCCUGGCCACACGCUGUAUUGGACACAAGGGUGGUACUGCCAGGCUGCACUGUCUGGCCGCCCCCAGGUUGACGCCUGUACAGUCCCUUCGGUCUUGUAGGGUUAGUUACUUCACUGAGUCGGGGCUGGAUUUUCUGAGAUGCCUCCCCCAGAGGGGAGUCCAGCCACUGAGCUGUCCCUCUGCAUGCCCUAUUUGUCUUGUCCUCAGCACGGGUGCUCGCUCAUGCCCAGUGCACUUCAUGCCUCCCAGAGCUCAGCCCAAGGGUCGUCACCCAGACUCUGCGAAUGCUCCAGAGCUAUUGGGGACCUCGAGAAAUCACUGAGUGAGUUGGGGCAUGGGGAACUGAUCAGCCGUGCCUGCCUGUAACCAGCAGGCUGGGAAGGUGAGAGCUAGGCUGUCCCUUUCCAGAGCCCCUGGGAGCUAGGGCGCUGGCAGGAGUCAGGUAGGUGCAUGGGCUCCUGCCGCCGUGCAGUCAUGGUCUUACACAGGCGUGUGCUGGGCACUCUGAAGUUGCUGGGAACCCUUGGCCUGUUAGCAGGGGUGGGGCAGAGUGAGGCUUCAUGCAGAGUCAUCUGCCCCGGGAGAAGUGUCGUGCACUGGAUGUGACUUCCCCAACCCUGCACAUGGCUGUGUUAGCUGGAUGGCAGCUGGGGCCAUAUGAGCACAGGGUGUGCUGGCCAGCCAUCUGUCUGUCUUUGCCUUAUAUCCCGUUGGCUUUGUUCCUGUUUUCAUGGCACAAGGGCAGGGGGAAGCUCUCACACCAAUCCACCGGGGCCCUGCUCAGCCAGCAACAGCCACAGUUUGGCUUGUGGUGGUUGUCAUUUAAGUUCCGAAGAUGCUGUCCUCCCCCUCAUCUACCUGAGGCAUCGCAGCUUCUGCUGGAAAAGUCUCUGCUUGGGACAGAGGCAGGGGGACCUGGAGUGUGUCUAAGCCUGCUGCUUAAAGCAGUGGUUCUCCCUGGGAGGACACCCUAACUGGCCAUUAAGGCAUCCUUGGUGAAGGUGUCCUGCAUCGCAAGAAGGCCCUUUACAUAGUGUGUAGCUACUUGGUUGACUGUGGUAGCCAACAUGAAAUCUAGUGGCCUUUGCUUGGCUGACUGGAGUCUUCAUUCACCUUUCCUCAGCUAGCUGCCUUACCCAGCCGUCCAUGUUUUCUGGGCUCUGCCUGCUGGCAGCAGCAGUCUCAGCCCACUGCACAUGUUUCACCUCCAGAUCGCUUAGUAGUUGGCUAAUGUUAGCCAGGUAGAGCAAAUGUUGACGAACAAUCUGCUUGCCCAUUUCCAACAGCAGUAAUUGCACCUUUUUCUCCCUGCUGUUCCCUCCGGCCACCACGCUCACCCCAUCCUCUCACAAACUAGCCAUUGUCUGGCUAGAGGAAAGUAAAGGGCCUGGUGUGCAUGUUGAGGCCUGGCACAGGGCAUUCACAGCAAACACAACUGGUUGGCCCAGCGAGUGCAGGGAGAAGCUGUCUUUCCCCUGGUCUAGUCCUAUAGCAUGUCUGUGUCAGAUUCCAGGACAGGGCCCAGAGGAAGGUGGGGUGGAGAAGGGUCUGCGCCCCUCCAGCUGCUUGAGGGGAGGCCAUCAGAGGACCCCGACUCCAGCAAUACACUGCAUGGCUGGAUGAGUGUGUUACGGUGACCAUGUGUCUCCAGCAAUGGCCUGCUCUGCUGCUUAGCACAGUGCUCCUCUGUCAGCCACACUGAGGGAGCAGAUUUUAAAUCCUGCAUGGGUUUUCCAUGUGAGCAUUUUAAACGUUACAUUGGGGUUAACAGGUUGGGGGUUUUAGUUGUUUUUGCAACAAUCCAUCACAGACUUUGGGAGCUUUUCUUUUUCUAGAGAUUUGGGGUUUUAUUUUUUAAACAGCAAAGGCCUUUUUGUGCAGCUUUCCAAAAUAAAGUAUUUAAAAACCAGACUGGAAGCCGAAAUCUCUCUGUGCGCCAGUUGGCUGCUUGUUAAACUGCUCUGAGCGUUCCAACCGCUCCCCCCAGCAGAAGAGCAAGUUAACCAGGCACUCGCCAGCAGGCAGGCUCUUGUGGAGCAUAGUUUUGACCGACUUGGUCUUCUCAGGGUGGCAGGGGCUGAUUUUCAGGGGUGCUGAGCACCUGCAGAGCCAGGGGACAUCCCUAGGACAGUGUUCAGGACUCUUGAGGCUCAAACCCAGCCUGCAUGGGUGGCUCUGACGGUUAGCAGAUGGCAGGUGGGCCACCCCAAGAGGCUAGCAAAGCCAUGUCAGUAGGCAUUCAUUGCUCGCUGUGCAGAGAAAAUUGCCAUUGGCAUGGCUAAUUCCUACUUAGAACCACACACAAAACAGCUGGCAGACAGGUGGUUAGUUCCCACAGCUGGCUGUUUGCUGCAGCCUUGGUGAGCUGCUGUCCUUCAGACAACGGACAAGUAUCGCCCCAAGCGUUUCAGUGCCGAACGCUGACCUAACUUCAGAACUGUAAUUGCAUGGAGGGAACGGGGUGGGAUUUUGAUGUGUAUUUCCACUGCUGCUGACUGACCUAAGCCUUGGCUUUGUAGGACCGAUGAAACGUCAGCCUGUUGUUCCCUGCGCUGGCUCUUUGACCAUGUUAGGCAUGCCCAGGGCUCUGCAGACAUGCCAGAGGAUGCUGGGGAAUAACGGACAGGGAUGAGUAAGCAACCAAGCUUCUUCUUCACCCAAACAAAGAAAAAUCAGCAACUCAGGCCAAAAAGGGCCAUUGGCUGAGGCUGCUUCAUUCAAACCAGAGGGUGGAAAAUCAAAAUUCCCCUAAAGCUCUGUGUUUCCAGCUUCUGAGUGCUUGAACAAGGAGUAGCAGCUAUGGUUUAAAUGUCUGAAGUAUCUUUUAAAGAUAUCAGUGCCCCUGCUUUGCUGGACAAACACGUGGCUGCAAAAUCAGUCUCGUCUGUUUGCCCAGCUGGGGGAGGACUUGGGUUUUCAUUGAGUCAUGGAUUAUAAAGCCAGCAGGAACCACUGUAAUCAUGGAUCCUGACGUAUCACACAGGCCAUAGGGCUUUCCUGCACUAAUUCUUGUUUGAAAUAAAACAGCUCUGUUAGAAACACACUCAGCUUGCCAUUACCCUCUUUUCUGUAGCAUUCACUCAAACCAUUUGAUGCUUUUCAGCUUGAGUUUUUGUGAGUGCUUGAGACUGAAGAUCCAGGAUGAGCUAGUCAGACUUUAAAAUAAAAAAACCCUCAGCAAACUGCAGUAGAGUCAUAAUUCUUUUAAUUUUGACCAAAAAAAAAAAAGUACAAAACAGAGGCUAAGUUGACUUCCUUCCUGUUUGCAAGGAUCUUUAUAAAAGCACUUUGUUUUGCUUGUGCAAGAUUUAUUGAAAGGCUGGGUAAUUCCAAGUAUGCUACAGGUACGUGCAUUCCAAUUUAGCCUUCUUGGGGGCGGGUGUAACAUCGGAGGAUGUUCGUAACAACCUUUUCUA